AUGAGUAAAAUCUUGAAAACAAAGCAAAGCAAGGAAAGGAAACCCUAUGAUAGGGAAAACUUGAAAAGAGCCUUCAAGGCCACCUUAUCAGGAAUGUCUGUCUACAGGGCAUCUAGAGUCUACAGUGUUCCUGAAUCAACAUUGCGAGACAGAACAAGGCAUAAUGUAGAACUUGAUUGCAAACCAGGCCCUGAAAGACUUUUCUCCAGUGAAGAAGAAAAGCAGCUUGCGGACCAUAUUGUUUACAUGGCUAGUAUUGGUUACGGAUACACUAUAAGUGACAUUCAAUACAUGGCAGCCGACUAUGCUAGGUCUAUUGGCAAGAAAGUCCAAGCUAAAGAGGGACUUAGUCAGGGUUGGUUUUACGCAUUCUUAGGUAGAUGGGACCAACUGAAGGUUGUUUCUCCCCAAAAAUUAGGGAUGUCAAGGGCAAAAUGUGCAUCAAGAGAAACUAUAUCCAAAUACUUUUGUGAACUAGAAUUUGUAUUGAAAGAAAACCAUUUGCUUCAUUCCCCUGAAAGAAUUUUCAAUGUAGAUGAAUCUGGCUUUUCUACAGAGCAUACCCCACCAAAAAUAGUUUGUGGAAAAGAUUCUAAAGCCCAAAGUGUGACAUCAUCACGAACAAAAAAUGUAACCGUGAUUGGGUGUGCCAGUGCCAUAGGAAACUAUGUACCGCCAUAUUACAUUUUCCCAGGAAAAAGAUGGAACGACGAUUUAAUGACAGAUUGUUUGCCUGGUUCAUCAGCAGGAAUGUCAGAAAGUGGUUGGGUUAAUAGGGGCAUAUUUGAAACAUACAUAAUCAACCACUUUUCAAAAUAUGUUGGACUUAGUAAAGAUAAAAAUGAGCCAGCAACACUAAUAUUAUAUGAUGGACACAAGUCCCAUUUGUCACUAACCCUUACAAACUGGGCAAAAGAGCAUAAUGUAAUUCUUUUUGUGCUCCCACCACAUAGCAGCCACCUGACCCAACCACUUGAUGUUGGUGUAUUUGGCCCUAUGAAAAAGUAUUUUUACAGAGAAUGUAAGACCUACAUGCACAGCAAUCCAGGCAUGAGUAUUACAAAGUAUGAAAUAGCAAAGCUCACUGCAAAGCCUUAUGCCAGAGCCUUUUCACCAGAAAAUGUCAUCUCCUCUUUUAGAAAAGCAGGAAUAUAUCCUUUUGAUAAGGAGAUGGUAAAUGAGACACAGACAGCACCUGCUUCUAUAUAUAACACAACAAAAGAUACAGAGAACAGCUCAGAUAAUGUCAAUGACACUAGUACUGUUACUAUGAAAAAUGUAAACGAAUCAUCCGAUAUCAAUACAAAAGUUGUAGAAUUUUUUGACAGCAGAAAAAUCACUUCUGUUGUUCAGAGGCCGAAAAAGAAGUUUGUGCCACCAAUUAAAGUUUCGGGAAAUCUUUUGUCUGAACAAAAUAUGGAAACAAUAAAGUCCCAGCAUGAAAAAAGACUCACAGAAAACACGAACAAGGCAAAAUCACUGAAAAAAAGUAAGCCUGCAGACAGAAAAAUCAAACCUGCUACAGUUGCUUACUCUUCACCAAAGCCAUCAACAUCUGGUGUAACAAAAAGUAAAGGAGCCCCAAUUGAUGUUUAUUCAUCCUCAGAUGAAGGGUCUGAUACAGACGAGCCAUGUUGC